AUGCAGCGGCUGGAGGCAGUCCAGAUUACCCCUGCUGUCCCUGGGACUGGUAGCAUUCCAGUGUCCUUUCGACGCGCUAUUUCGAACAGGGCUCCCAAAAACGGCCGUAUUCGCGUUCUGGAUAGUGCGCGGAUCUCCCAAAAUGCCAACACAGCCAAUGCCAAAAGUCCAAAUCUCAAGGCCCGACGAAUUGAUGGUGCUAUCUGCGCCUCUACCAGCAAUAACAAUAUGAACAGCGUGCCUACUUUCAAUGGCAAUCAGGAUUCGGCCGCAGCCCCCGUCGCCAACCAUGCGGAAAAUCGGCAUGGAAUACCUAGCUCCGGGAGUCCGCCAGAUUCUGCUCGUGGUCCCUAUAUAAAACGUCCUAGUAACUUCAAAAGAUCAAAUUCGAAACUGUCUCUUAGACAAGAACAGGGCGCGAAGUUAUGGAAUCAGCGAUGGGUGAAAUCCCGCUUCCCCGUGCUAAGGGGCACACUCAUCGACGAUAUUACCAAUACGUACUUGAAGCUGGUUGAAAAAGUUGAUACGCGAAUUACGCACAACUGGCACUCUCGAAGGAUUUCUACCCAUGAGAAUUUUGGCAGCCAGAUGGAGAUCGCGCGAGAAUUUGAGAAGAAAAAGGAAGAUCGCAAAUGCCAAAAAGAAAGGCUUCGGAGAUUUCCUGGGCAAUUUCAGCAUGAUCUUGAACGGCUCAAUGUCCCAAGGGACAAUGUUUUCAUACUUGGUGAUCUCGCUCUGGCAACAACAUCCUCCGGAUGGAGCAGACGCUUGUCUAUCCCACGGCCAUCGACUGUGAAUGGCCAAAGACGUGAGCCCAGGGAUCUGGCAUCGGUGAUAUGCUGCAUGCCGUAUGUUGGGGAGCCUCUGAUGCCUGCAGUCACGUUUAAAGUUGAAAGAGUGGAGAAAACCCAUGAUAAUUUUGACGGGGUUCCCAUUUUCUUCACCUCAGACGGAUGGGCCGAGGACUUUCACCUCCUGGAUUGGAUGAAGCUUGUCUUCGAACUAGCAUCCAACCCCACUGGUGCAGCUGGGGUGAACGCUCCCCGUCGAUUGCUGCUCAUCGAUGGAUACAGGUUUCACAUCACCCCCGAAUUCUUUGUGACUUGCUGGCAACAGAAUAUCUUCUGUGUUUGCAUUACAAGGAAUGGGGCUAGCUACUUCAAUCCCUUCGAACAAGGGGUGUUCAGACUCAUCGAAAACCUCUACGCUGAAUGGAUCACGGACAAAGUUGAAGGUGACCAAACAGAAUUAGAUCACUUCAAAGCAGAUCCCAGAGAUUUUGCCUCAGUGAUUCGCGACAUCAUGUCUCGCCCAGUUGUGAAGGACCAAGUCAUGACGGGGUGGCACCAGACCUGCUUAUUUCGCAGUAAAAACGAACAGGCAAUCCGAAAGCUAAUAGAUGCAAAGACAACCCCAUCACCCGGCGCUCCACGCACGCCCACUCGCGCAAGGUUGAGGUCCAAGCGUGAAAUUCAUGUUCAAAUGGCCGAAGUGGACUUGCUCUCUCCCGGGCCCUCUACCCAAGAAAGAAGCGCAGCAUCGCCCCAUCGCCCACUUAUACAGGAUGCAGCGGAUCAGGAGGAUUUUGAGGAUCUACAGGAUUUCAUCUCAGAAGAAACUGAUUCCCAGAAUGAGGAAUACCUACCCUCUCAGCAUGAAGAUGCUGAGUCGGUCGGGGAAAUGCCAGUACUUGAUCAUUCCCAGGAAUAUUUUGAUUGCUCCCUGGACGACUUUCAGGUUGAGGAGAUUGAGAUGACUGAAAAAGACGCCGAAGGCUUAUCACAGACUGUGGAGCCUACACCGCGCCAACCGAACGAGCCAGCCAUUGCCGAAGAACCCGAGCCCAUGUGUUUGGACAAUGAUGAGUCGACGCUAGUCAACAAUAGACCACCAGAGCAGUCAGUCACCGGAACAUCAGAGGCCGGUUAUCGUUGCUCUUCUAGUCUGAGUGAGAUGUCGAACCACACUUUGGGCUGGAAAGAAAUCCAGACCGAGAGAAUGAUGAAAAGAGUCCGCGACCUCAUGGACGCCACCUCACCGACGUCCAAAAAGAUAUGCCAAAGAAAAGUCAUCGACACCUACCGCGAUAUGAGCAAAGCAUACUCUGCACUGGCGAGAAUUCUUACGGACCAGGGGUCUGCAGCCACCAAUAAUCUCCAGGAGACUCACUUCCUGGAGCAAGCAGCAAGCCUGGAUGAGAGUGAAAAUGGACAGGGGCAAAAAGAUCCGGACGAGGAAUUAUCCCGCGGCCAUCCUCAGGGUAGCACCACUGACUUGGAGAAAGCCGACUCUGACGGAGAACUAAAGCGCAAGCGAGAGGAGCGACGAGAGCGCAAAAAACGCCGAAAGCAGGAAAGGCGCGAGGAGCAGAAGAGUCGUGAGGAAGAUGAGAGGCUCCAAGAGGAGGAGAAUAUCAAAAAACAGGAGAUGGCAAGGGCGGAGGAAGAACUGAAAGAGAUCCAAAGACUCCGAAAACUCAAGCGGUCGAAACACGAAGAGCACGGAAACGAAGAGCGAGAGAAAGAGAAGAAGAGGAAUGAGAGACAAAAAGGCCACCGCGAAGACUCAUCCAAGGCCCGAUCUGAGUCGCAAUCUAAGACUGGGUCGCCUGAGCCAUCACCAAUCGGUGAUAGCAGUACCAAGUCCCGAAAGACCAAGCACCGAGAAAAGCGAAAGUCCAAGGAUCGAGGCAGAAGUCAAAUAAGAGACUGA